AUGAAUAUCGUGGCCUUGUUAAAUUCCGUUGAUGACGAGCAAUAUUCAUCACCUUUAUUCACUACCGCUGAACAUGAUUAUGACCCAGAAGUAGAUGCUUACAUGAUUCUUAGACUGCUUAGUUGUCCGUCAUGUGGUUAUCUCCUUAGUGACCCUGUUACUCUUCCUUGUGGAAAUACAUUUUGUAGUAGAUGCCUUUCAAUAUCUUCAAAUAAGAGGUUUGAAUGUCCUAUAACAGGAUGUAAUCGUCUUCAUGGAAUUGAUACAAGAACUGAUGUAACUGUAUCAAAAUUAACCGAAAUAUGUCGUAGAGAAUUAUCUAAUCUCAUUCCACAUGUUUCUCAACCACAUGUUUCCCAACCACGACGACAAUUACAAUAUCGAUUCAAUAAUCUAUAUGAUAUUGUCGACGAUGAUGAUUUCUCUUGUGAAAAUAAUGGGUUUUCUCCCUUAGAAAGUAAUAUUGUCGAAGACUACACUAAUGAUAGCUACACUAGUGAUGGCUACACUAGUAACGAUGAGCAUAUGAGAACUUUUAUUGAAGGAAUUAGAAUGUCAAAUCAUAGCGAUAAAUGUCCGUUAUGUCGAUAUCAACUUCAUAACUAUAAUUCUGUUCUAAACCAACCAAUUAAUAAGACCGUUAAUAUUUUUAUAUCUCAAUUAUUUUCUGAUUUACUCGCUGAUCGUAGACAAUCAGCUCGUAAUGAACUUUAUGAUGACACUCAAGAUACUCCUAUAUUUGUUACUUCACUAGUAUUUCCAAAAAUGCCUUGCUUCCUUCAUAUAUUCGAACCAAAAUAUAGGUUAAUGAUUAGAAGAUGCUUAGAAUCUCGUCAAAGACAAUUUGGGAUGGUUCUAAAACGUGGUGAUAGUUAUGUAGAAUAUGGAACUAUGCUGGAAAUUCGUUCCACUGAAUUUUUAAAUGACGGCCGCUCAUUAGUAGAAACCAUUGGUACUUUUAGAUUUAGAGUAAUUGAACGAGGUAUGAGGGAUGGUUAUGAUGUUGGAAAAAUUGAACGAAUAGAUGACAUCACUCCUGAAGAAGAGUUGACUAGAGAAAGAGCUGCUGUAAGAGCCGCUGAGAUUAAUAAUAGAGAUCCUUCUAAUCCUGUAAUGUAUGAACCUACGAUCUCUGAACUUAUUAACAGAGCUCGUGAGUUUAUUGAAUCUUUGAGAAACGGAUAUGCUCCAUGGUUAUUACAACGUCUAAACUCGACAUAUGGUGAUAUGCCAAAUGAUCCUUCCGAUUUUUCUUUUUGGGUCGCUUCGGUAAUUCCCAUCGAUGAAACUGAAAAAUAUAAAUUGUUAGAAGAAAGAUCCGUUAGAGAAAGAAUGAAGUUGAUUGUUAAUUGGAUCGACCAAUUAAGGGAACAAUGGUGGUUUGAUAGGG